AUUGCCAUGCACCCCAUUCCUGAAACUCACAACAUAAACACCAUCUUCACAGUCCCAUUCGAUCGAGGAGGCGGCUGCUAGCUGCAAUCUUCAGCACAACUGCAAGUUCGAGCAGAUACAUACAUACACACACACAGGAUGCAGGGAAUCGCCAAGGCGCUGAGCCAGCACGGGAAGCAGCUGAGGCUCACCGUGCUGCAGCGCAUGAACAAGGGGAUCUUCUCCUGGGCCACACUCAUCUCGCGCAUACAGAGCGAGUCCCCGGCCGUGAUCAUCCCUCACAUGGGGCUGGAGAACAUCACCGUCCGGGAAAUCCUCAGGGCCAAAGGGGAGGCUCAGUCGAGGGCGGUCUACUGGUGCAGCACCACCCAUCUGGUGCAUGAGGCCGUCAAGCACAUGACGGCCAAUAAUGUCGGGUCUCUAGUCGUGCUCAAGUCGGGGGACGACAAGCAGCUUGCAGGAAUUGUAACUGAAAGAGAUUUCGCUAGGAAGAUCCUCUUACCCGGGCGACCCUCAGAGGAAACAAGAGUUGAAGAUAUCAUGACAGAAGAGAACAAGCUAAUCACUGUAUCCAGCAAUACCAAUAUUCUGCGUGCGAUGGAGCUAAUGACAGACGAGCACAUUCGACACGUCCCAGUUUUCGACGAGAAGGUAGUUGGUAUGAUCUCCAUUGGUGAUGUGGUCAGAGCAAUCGUGGACCAACAGCACCAAGAAGUGAAACAACUGAAGAAGUACAUCACUGGAGAUUAUUAUUAGCAUGUAGCUCUGCUUCAUGAAGAAAUGUACAGAAUAUGCAAUUAUUCAUAACAUUAACCAUGAGUUAUAUCUUCCCACAUAUUACCAUUUGGAAUGAUUAAAAAAAUUCCAUGCUGAUAAGUGAUAAGCAAUGUAGGAAGCAUACAAGAUGCAUGAUUCUUGUUUCAAAAGCGAUCAAAUCUGGACGUGCUUCUGCAAGAACCUGAAGUCUUCGUUGAUGAAUAUCUUCAAGGAAUUCAAGUAUUCCGGCUUCACCACAAUGCCCACUAGUGACAAACGGAUAAACAGAAGUGACUUUCCUGAUGAGAAAUGGAAAAACAUGUGUAUGUUAAGCAGUAAAAUACCUGUAAUCAGAGCCAUCAGAAAGAUUUGAGACUUCCUUUAAUCACAAAUUUCAAA